CUUUAAUGUAGCCAUUUGGAUUCUAUUUUUGGCCUCGAUCUGCAGCCUGCGAGGUGAUAAAAAUACACUUCUCUCAGAGAUGGAGGAACCGCUAUUACAUGCAUGCAUAAAAUGAUCCUAACAGACAGAUUCUUUUAAUUCCUACAGCGUGCGUAGUGCGGGUUUGUUACAUUUAACAUUUUUGGUAAUGUAAUCUGAGACAACAAUCAGUCAGCGACCGUGAAGGUGCAUGUGUGUCACACAGCCCCCUCCAUCCACCCCUCCCUCCCUCUCUUUGUCCCUCCUCCUGUAGUGGUUGGAGGAGCGCUCUCCAUCUAACCGCGCAUCCUGCUCCAGAGUACCACCAGGAUGAUCCGCCGCUGCGCCAACGCCAACAACCUUCACUUCACUUUCAUUCUCAUUUAACCCCCACUCUGACCCCCACGCUACACCCAUGCUUUGCCUUCCUCUUGAGAUGCGACACCGCUGCACGAUUUCCCGGAGAAUACCUUUAUCCUCAGUCGCUCCUCGCUGAUAGAGAGCAUGCCCGACACGGGGACGGCAGCGGCGGGCGCUGCUGCAGCCGGGGCGGCCGCCGGUGGCGCGACCACCUCCGGGGACGGCCCCGAGAGUUCCCGGCACCGACACCGAGCGCCGCAAGGAGACGCAGAGAGGCCGGAUCCAGGCUCGGCUCCGCCACAGACCUCCUCCGGCGUGCUGGAUAAGCUGUUCGGGAAGCGGCUGCUGCAGGCUGGAAGACACAUCAUGUCUCAUAAGUCUUGGAUGAAAACGGUGCCCACAGAGAACUGCGACGUCCUCAUGACAUUUGCAGAUACUACAGAUGACCACACGUUACUAUGGCUACUGAACCACAUCCGACUGGGAAUCCCAGAGCUCAUCAUCCAGAUCCGACAUCAUAAACACACGCGAGUCUACGCAUUCUUCAUCACCGCUACGUAUGAAAAUUUGCUGCGAGGCGCCGAGGAAAUGGGACUGAGGAAAGCAGUGAAGCCCGAGUUUGGCGGAGGAACACGGAGCUUCUCCUGCGAGGAGGACUACAUCUACGAGAACAUCGAGAGCGAGCUGUGCUUCUUCACCUCGCAGGAGAGGCAGAGCAUCAUUAAAUACUGGCUGGACAACCUACGUGCCAAACAAGGGGAGGUGCUUCAUAACAUCAGCUUCCUGGAAGGCCAGCCAAUCAUCCCGGAGCUGAGUGCGAGAGGUGUGAUCCAGCAGGUGUUCCCUCUGCAUGAGCAGAGGAUCCUCAGCCAGCUGAUGAAGUCUUGGGUCCAGGCUGUUUGUGAGAAGCAGCCGUUAGAUGAUAUCUGUGACUACUUCGGGGUGAAGAUUGCCAUGUAUUUUGCCUGGCUGGGUUUCUACACCACCUCCAUGUUAUAUCCCGCCGUGAUCGGUUUCGUGCUUUGGAUGCUCACCGAGUCCGAUCAGACGAGCCGGGACAUCUGCUGCGUGGUGUUUGCCCUCUUCAAUGUGGUGUGGGCCACUCUGUUUCUGGAGCGGUGGAAGCGGAGGGGGGCGGAGCUGGCGUAUAAGUGGGGAACGCUGGACGCGCCUGCGGAGUCCCUGGAGGAACCACGGCCUCAGUUCCGGGGAAUCAAGCGCUGCAGUCCUAUAACGGGAUGCGAGGAGUUCUACUAUCCUCCGUGGCGGAGGCGUCUAUUCAGGUGGCUGGUCAGCCUGCCCAUCUGUAUCCUCUGUCUCUGUUUUGUCUUCCUGGUCAUGCUCAUCUGCUUUGAGCUGCAGGAGUUUGUGAUGGGGAUCAAGGAAAUGCCUCGGCUGGCUCGCUUCAUCCCCAAAAUCAUGCUCGCUAUCACUGUGACUGCGUGUGAUGAGGUGUACAGGAAGAUCGCCUGCUGGCUCAAUGACAUGGAAAACUAUAGACUCCAGAGUGCCUAUGAGAAAAAUCUCAUCAUCAAAAUGGUUCUUUUUCAGUUUGUAAAUUCCUAUCUCAGCCUUUUUUACAUCGGAUUCUACCUCAAAGACAUGGAGCGCCUGAAAGAGAUGCUGGCCACUCUACUCAUCAUACGCCAGUUCCUUCAAAACGUUAAGGAGGUGCUGCAGCCUUACCUGUAUGAGCGUCACAAGCUGGGAGAGCUUACGCUGCGAGCCGUGUGGGACCUGCUGCUCUCAGUGCUGCUGAAAUACGCCCGGCUGGCAGCUGGAAAAGCCAUGGCGUCUCCCACUGACCAGACCAUGCCAGGACCCGGACUGAGGGGCACCAGGCCUGGAGUGGGGCAGCCAGAAAGAAGGGAAAAGAAGUGUCUGAACGGAGGAUGUGGAGUGCCUGAUGAGGAGGAGGGAGCUGAGAAGGACGAGGCUGACAGCGGGAGGUUCAGCGAAGGAGAGACGGAGGAGGAAAGUUUGAUCGACUGCGGCUUGAAGCUGAGGAAAGUGAGCUUCAUAGAGAAGGUGGACAGAAAGGCGGCGUGCAGUGGGCCCCCUGUGGACAGCAGCUUUCUGGAGGAGGGAAGCCCCACCAUGGUGGAAAAGGGAAUGGACCCGGCCUCGAUGUUCGAAAUGUGCGACGACGACGACGACAACGGAAUUCAUGAUGUGAAGGACUCGAGCGGGGGCAGGGCUGAGGCCGCUGAUGCUGCCGCCGCCGCCAGCCCGCUGCCUUCUGGAUCUGAGAGCAGCGCGUCGCUGCGUCACAGAAGAAGAGGCCGGAGCGCCGAGAGGGUCGAGCCGAAAACGAAAAGGGAAUCGUGGAUGGAUCCCCCCGAGGAGAGAGAGAGCACCACGCUCACUCAGGCGGAGAUGGAGAGCUGCAUGCAGACGUACUCAGACACUUUCCAAGACUACCAGGAGAUGUUUGUCCAGUUUGGCUACGUGGUGCUCUUCUCCUCUGCCUUUCCUCUGGCUGCCAUGUGCGCUCUCAUCAACAACAUCAUUGAGAUCCGCAGUGAUGCCUUUAAGCUCUGCACCGGCCUGCAGAGGCCCUUUGGAGUCCGUGUGGAGAGCAUCGGCCAGUGGCAGACUGCGAUGGAAGCCAUGGGCCUGAUUGCCAUCAUAGUGAACUGCUACCUGAUUGGUCAGUGUGGUCAGCUACAGCGUCUCUUUCCAUGGCUCAGCCCUGAGAUGGCCAUCAUCUCCAUCGUCAUCCUCGAGCACUUUGCCAUCCUGUUGAAAUACAUCAUCCAUGUGGCUAUUCCCGACAUUCCUACAUGGGUCAAAGAGGAGAUGGCUAAGCUGGAUUACCAGCGCAGGGAGGCCUUUAAGAAGCACGAGCGGCAGGCGCAGCAGCAUUACCAGCAGCUGCAGAGGAGGAAGAGGGAGGAGGAGGAGAGGCAAAGGCAGGCAGAGCACAUGGCUCGCAGGGAGAGGGAGCGGGACGACAGCAAAGGCGACGUUUCGGGGGAUCACCACCACGACAAAGGUCACGGCAGCAAAUCACGUUCUGGGGGUGGAGGCGGAGGAGGGAGCGGCGGGUCGGACAAGCCCAAGAGGCCCAGCUCCCUGUUGGCCAAUAAUAAUGUGAUGAAGCUGAAGCAGAUCAUCCCGCUGCAGAGCAAGUUCUCCUCGGGUGGCGCCCGCUCCCCACAGUCACCCACGGGCAGCGAGCCAAAACUGCCCGGCUUCUUGAGCUUCAAAUUCCUCAAGUCGCCUGAGAAUAAGAGGGAAGGUGCUGCGGCUUCUGCGGCCGCCGGCACCACAUCUGCCAGCGCCACGGCGACAGCGGCGCCGUCAUCGUCAUUAUCAGGUAGCAGCUCUCAGGAGCGUUCUCAGUCACCCAAUAAAGCCUUCAACCCCGGGAAAUUGUUUAACUUUGGGAAAUCCGAGGGAGGGACUUCCACGAACGGAGCUCCGCUGCCCAGGUCAGGAGAGGGGUCAUCAUCGCUGACGACAGAAAGACAGCCUUCCCGGUCUGACUUGAAUGGCGUUCCGGACGAGAUCCCCUCACCCGGAGGGGAAGGCGCAGAGAACGGACAUUCAUCAGACUUGGACGCGGCUGGUUUUAAAAUCUAGAAAACGACGACAAAAAAAGCGCAACUUGUCUUUGGUUCCAUCUCACCUGAACAGGUGACGUGUUUACUGUGAGGAAGGCCUGACCUGCCCUCUGUGCUGUCACAGGCCGGUGCAGGAGAGCAGAAGCUGAUGAGGCGAGACUUGUUCUGGUUUGCUUUUUCUGCUGCGAGACAAAAAAAAUAAAAUAGAGAAAGAAACAAAAAAAAACAGGCUUUGUAAGAAAGACGAAAGCCCUUCUAUCAUGACCGAACACACACACACACACACACACACACACAAAUAUUCAAAUUCUUCCUUGUCUGCAAUACAUAAAGAAAUGCAUGAGCUGCGUUUCUAAUAUUUUUACGCCUUUAAAGCAGAGCUUUGUUUCCUGAUUUCUUCUUGUCAGAAAUUGUAAACAUCUCGGUGGCUUCACACCAACAGUCUGUCAUGGAGGGGAGGAGUUUAAGGGAAAAAAAAGCUUACAUGGCGGUACGAACGGAUUAGAGAUUGUACAUCAGAUAAUUCCUGAGUGUUUUUUAGCUGUCACCACACAAGCGAUCGUUAGAAAUCGGUCUCAUUUUUAAACUGCGACGAGUUGUUGGGCCCUUCGCUUUCGUGCUGAAGCUGAAGAGUGGAAAAGCAAUAUGAGUCAGUGUUUUUGUUUUUUUUAUUAAGUGUCAAUCAUCGCAUAAGCCCCUCCUUAACAGUCGCCCCUGAUGUAUCACCAGCUUUAUUUUCAAAGCAGAGGUGAGGUCUGAGCUUUGCAGAACCCGGUUUGCUCCAAUAGAAAGCGGCGAGCUUAGUAAGUCGUAAAAAUCACAGUAUUUUGGAAGAGCGAGCGGUUUUCGAGGAAAAGGAGCAGAGAUGCCCGUUGCAUGCUGUUCUCCAUCCGAGUCCGUAGAGCGCCUUGUAAACACAGAUGGUGCCUCAUGCCACAAACUCCAGCUAGACUUGGCAAACGAGCACAGAGUUAAAGAAGUAACAUUUGCACUAAAGCCUGACGCCCUGCAUAGAAACCACCUCGGCACAGAGGGCCCACACCAGCCUGCCUCAUCAUUAUGCAAAAAAUGCAUUUCUGUUCAUUUCCCCCUUUCACAUGGUGCAUGCAGUCGGCAGCAACGAGCUUUCAAAAUAUUCACGUUUUCUUUUCUUCUUGAACAGCUGUUUUUAUUGGCAGAAGAUGGAAAUUCCCUUUUUUUAACCAGUGCAGAACUUUUCAGAUUAUACUGUUAACCCAAGACGUACAGUACUCUAUAAAGGUUUUAGGCACUAAAAUAUGUGAGAAUACUUUGAAAGAUGUCAGUUUACCUGACAGGAGUUCGGUAAAUAGAAAAACCCUACAUUAGUGGGAGCUUCAUUUGACUACACAGUCGCUCAGUCAUUAUGAGAUCUUACCCAGAAUCCUUCUCUGGAGUCGGGCUGUGUCUCUCUUCAUGCAUUUACUGGCUCACUUGAUGACGUCACCACAGAGCUUCUGCAGGGACCAAUGCAUGCGUUGCAGGACUCCCUUUUCCCACUGAAGAUACAUUUUAGGUCAUCGUCAUUUUUCAAAAAGCAGGAUGGCAUCAUGUGAUUUACAAAAACAUACAAACAUCUUAGAGUACCUAAAACUUUUUCACAGUACUGUACUUUGCAUAUUGUUUGCAUGAUCCAUGUAUUUUCAAUGAGCCCAGCAUCUACCCUUAGCUGGUAUUUCACUUCUGCGGGGUCUCCAGAAGGUGGCGCUGGUUAUUUAGUCACCACAGGCAGCAAAAUUAAAGCAGUCUGACAAGUUUAUGAUGAUAUGAGACACAGAGAGGAUUCAGAAGCCGCCGCACUGCCGAGAUACGGAAACAUUAACUAUGCAUUUCCACACGUUCACCUCCGGCGAGGAUUUGGGCAAUAACACAGCGUUGAAGUUGACGUGUAGUACUAAAGCUCGACACUAACCCAACCUCAAACCCCAACUCCAGCGCAUCAUCCUCAUCCACUCUAUGCAUUUUCUUUCCCUUUAUGUUUUAGUGUCAGCUCUCUCAGAUCGCCUGUUUCCUAUUUAAUGUUAAGAACCUGCCCCGACCUGCAUCGGCUUAACAGGUUUUUGUAUUCUGUUACAGCUUUAAUGUGUUAGUUUUAGAAGUCUGGUCCAUUUUUCGCUCACACGCCUGCAGAAGAGACGAAAAAUGUUCUUUCCGGGAGGCAAAAAGUUCUUACUGACAUCAAAUGCAAUACCGAAAUAGUCUGUGCAGUCAUGUUAUCAUUUUUAGGAAUAUUUGGAAGGUACUGUUCAUUAUAAAUGUAAAUGGAGAAGGCCGAGGCUAAGAGAAACGUGACAUCAUCAGGGUGUGAUCUUAAGAGCAGCAGAGCGAGACGGUGACGACGUAGCUGAGCACAGUCUCAUUAAAAACCCUUGAUAUUCUUGCAGCAUCAGGAUUUCAGGGAUAAGUGGCUUCAUGGUGCGUAAGAGUCCAUCGUUUGAAAAAGUCCCAUAGAGAAGCAGAACUGGUGCGCUGAAUAGCUCCGCCGAUGCCGAGCGAGGUCACUUCCAUGUGUGCAUUCCCACCUUAUUCAGGUAAAGCUGAAGAGCAUCACAACAGACAUCGGCUUGUUACUUUUUUCGUUUUUGCAGUGAAACAUGUUCUGCGACGGAGAUCUGUAACGUUUGGAGGAACGGCAGCGUCACGGCGCAGGCAUCGCCUGCAUCAGGACACAAGCUCGGACUCGUUAUCAGAACAGCUUCUUUGAAAAGUUCGGACAUCGUCUGUCUCAUUCGGAAUAAGCAGGAAAGGACUGAAUGGACGUAUUAAUGUUUGUGUUUCAGAGUGGAUGUGAACAGGCGAGACUCACCGCAGCUACAUUACAGCCCGACCCGAACCUCAAAGACGAGACAUUUUCAUGGAAGCCUCACUUACACAACAUCAUACGCUCUUCCAAUGUACCACUGUACAAAAAAGAUCUUUUAAAGAAAAAUACUGGGGAAUGGGAUUAUUUAUUUCUUUUAAUUUAUUUUGUCAUAUUUUUGUAAGACCUGACAAAUAGUUAAUAAAACUAUUUCAAAUGCA